CAAAUUUAUUUUGUUUAUCAAUGGAUUCUUUUCUUAUAUGCUUUUAUUGUAGUUUCAAACUACAUACAGUUAAACAAAUCCAAUGACUGAUUAUAAUGUGCUAUGAAAUGAUCAGCCACCAUGUCAAGGAUCCCGGCCACGACCCCGGAAAACUAUUCCUACAACAAUUCGCUGUUACCCCUAAACGAAAUCGGUCAAAAACCGUUCGGUUACCAGCAAGCGUCCCUAGUGAUCCUGUUGAGCGUCGUGAUUGUGAUUGUUGUGAUCGGGAACACUUUGGUUAUCGCCGCUGUGAUCACCACCCGAAGACUGAGAACGGUGACGAAUUGUUUCGUCAUGUCUUUGGCGGUUGCCGAUUGGUUGGUCGGGAUUUUCGUGAUGCCGCCCGCUGUAGCUUACCUCAUUGUAGGUGCAUGGGAAUUGGGUUGGAUCCUGUGCGAUAUUUGGGUCUCCUUGGACAUCCUCUUGUGCACAGCCUCGAUUCUGAGUUUGUGUGCCAUCAGUGUAGAUCGGUAUCUAGCAGUCACUCGGCCUCUGAGCUAUUCCAGAAAACGACGAUCAAAAAGGUUGGCUUUUUUCAUGAUCCUUAUUGUUUGGGUGAGCUCAGCUUUGAUAACUGCUCCGCCAAUGUUCGGAUGGUAUGAACCAGGCAGGCACGACCUGAAAACUUGUACAUACAACAAAAAUACUGGAUACGUGAUUUACUCAGCAAUGGGCUCGUUUUUUAUUCCAAUGGUGGUCAUGUUGUAUGUUUAUGUAAGCAUAUCUUGUGUUAUUGCACAAAGACAUGAUCAAUUGAGUCACAUUAAUACUUCUUAUACCAGGAAAAGUAAACAUAAUGGUUUAACUGGAGAGGAGUCAGAUCUUGAAAAAAACUCCAAUGAAACUGAAGAAGGAAAUGCAAGUGCACGUUCUCCAAAUUUCUUGAGUGGCUGCAGGAACAAUUUAAUACCUGAAACGCCAAAACAAGCUGCCAAUCCUGGAAGACUGCUUAAGGCCAACACCACUUACUCGUUCCCGAAUCAUAGACCGACAACUCCAGUUAAAAACUUAUAUAAUUUCAGGUCAUCGUUACCAGCAAGACCGACCCUUGAAUCUCAGGCUCAAGUCGAUUUCACAAUGGUAAAUUACGAGCCAGCCUCUCGGGUAUCGUCAUUUAGAAGAGAAACCAAGACUGCACAAACACUCAGCAUUGUAAUGGGUGGCUUCAUUCUUUGCUGGCUUCCAUUUUUUAUGAUGUACCUGCUAACUCCGUUUAUUCAAACCAACGACGAAAAUCAGCUCGUAAUGCAAUAUUUCAUGUGGUUAGGAUGGAUCAAUUCGGCCAUCAAUCCCUUCAUCUACGCCUUUUACAGUCCAGAUUUUAGGAUAGCGUUCUGGAGAUUGACUAUCAGGCAUUUUAAAAAAGGGGCGUCGGAUCGGAUGGAGUUUAUCGAGCCCCAACAAAAACCAAUCGAGUUGGGAUGAAGGAUUUGAACAUAUUGAUGAUAUUGAUGGACUUGUAUUAAGUUGGUCCUUUUGAAUUUCUGUAUACAGACUUUUAUGUAUAAGUACCAUUUUUGUUUGCUUGAUAUUCUAGUAAAGCAACUAUAGUAAAAUAAAUAAUAUUUAUUUAUUUGUGUAACAUUUUAAAUAUGUACA